UCCGUCUCCUUCCAAUCAUCCUUUUCUCACAAACCCAUAAUCGAUCUCAUCUCAAUCAGUCAUCUUUCCUUCUUCUUCUUCUCCGUCCAUCCUUCUCUCUAUCUCUUAACAGAAACUGAUAUGGCUGCUUACAGAGAACCCAUGAACGUGGGAGCCAAAUCGCCCGAGCCCGCUCAGCAGCACUCGCCCUGGCAUUCUCCGGUGCCCUACUUGUUCGGAGGUCUUGCUGCUAUGUUGGGUCUCAUCGCUUUCGCUCUCUUGAUUCUCGCUUGCUCCUACUGGAAGCUUUCUGGUUUCCUCGACGAGAGCCGCGAAGGUGAAAGGGACCUGGAGGCCGGUGAAGCCAAGCUCGACGGAACCCAGAAACCCUUCGCUCCGGUGGCUUGUGAGCCCAAAUUCUUGGUCAUCAUGCCCGGACAAGAGAGGCCUACAUGCUUGGCCACGCCGGCGUUCUCGAGCCGGUCAUCUUCCUUCGCUGGCGGCAGUUCCAGCGGCACUUGUACCUGCGACGACAGCGACAGGUCGGGGGAAAUGGUCGCGACUCUGAAACAAGAGAAUCAGAGUGGAAGCCGUGAUCAGGAACAGCCCGGAAACACGGCGACCCAGAACACUUCAAACGACCAGAACUGUUAAUCUUCAGAAUCGAGAAGCUCGCGUACAAUUUUUUGGACCGUUCCUAUAUAGGUUUUUGUAUACAUACACGAGCGCGCAUGCGGCUGGCCAGAUUGCUAACUUGAAUGGAAGCUUUAAAAUUUUCUCCUUUAGCAUUGAAUGGAUUUUCAUAGCUAGGCUAGCUAGUUUUUCACAGGAAAGGAAAAGGUUUCUGUGCAAAAUCUGAGAGAAUUGAGACGUGAAUGGAUACGUGGAGGGGGACAAUUGUGAGGAAUAUAAAGUUGAAGGUACGUGUAAAGCCAUGGAAACACAUGUCUCAUGCGGCGGGAAGAAACUGCAAGGAAACAAGAGUUCACUAAUU